CGCCUUUGACUAGUAGACCAACCGUCUUCUCUGGGCCUUUGGGGGCUUUUUGUGCCAGACAAAAAACAAUCCUCUUCUUUCUCUCUCCCCAUUUUUGCAUUUCCAUUACCGUUACAUCAAGCUCCACUUGCAGAUUCUUCACCUCCUUAACUUCUGUAAUUUCAUGAUUAUCAUGUAUUAUGGAGCUCAGAGUUUCUUCUCUCAGUUAUAACUUAUAAGCUCUGAAAUAUAUUACACAGAAAUCUCAAAUGUCAAGUUGUUUAAUCGGCGUUAUAAGUCAAAUGGGGUUGAGGCAAAGAGAAUACUCUUUUUAUCUUGGAAUUUAUCUAGUGUUUUUGCUGAUGAGUGGAUUGAGCUAUGGAAAUGAGGAUGAUGUGGCAUGUUUGAGGUCCAUAAAAGAAUCCUUACAAGAUCCCAAUAAUGUCUUAAAUUCUACCUGGAAUUUUAGCAAUACAACACAGGGAUUCAUUUGCUCUUUUACUGGGAUAGAUUGUUGGGCUCCGAAUGAGGAUAGGGUGUUGAACAUCCGACUAUCGGGUAUGGGAUUAAGGGGCAGCUUCCCUCUUGGGAUUUAUAACUGCAGCUCGUUGCAGCACUUGGACCUGUCCUCAAAUGAGCUUCACGGAGUAAUUCCUGCUAAUGUUUCUGCCAUAAUGCCGUAUGUGACUUCACUUGUUCUCUCUUCAAAUAGGUUUUCUGGUGAGAUACCUGCGAAUCUUGCCAACUGCAGCUAUCUCAAUGUUCUUCAACUUGAUCACAACCGGUUUUCUGGACAAAUUCCUCCAGGAUUUGGCCAGCUUUCCCGGCUCAAGAGAUUUACCGUUGCUAAUAAUCUCUUGGUCGGGCCAGUCCCGUAUUUCAAUUCUACUAUCGAUGUUGAUUUUUCUGACAACUCAGGGCUCUGCGGGCCUUCUCUUAGUCCGUGUAAGUCAUCCUCAGGAAAGUCCAAUCCUAGGGUUAUUAUUGCUGUUGCAGUAUCUGUGGUGAGUGUUGGUGCUGUAGGAGUAGGCCUAGCUAUGUUCUUCUAUGCCCGUAGAGUUGCAGCAAAGAAGAAAGAAGAAGAUCCUGAAAAAAACAAAUGGGCAAGGAGUAUCAAAGGGACAAAGAAAAUCAAGGUGUCCUUGUUUGAGGAUUCAAUUUCAAAAAUGCGAUUGAGUGACCUCAUGAAGGCAACAGAUAAUUUCAGCAAACAAAAUAUUAUUGGUGAAGGAAGGAUGGGGACUAUAUAUAAGGCGAAAUUUGAAGAUGGAAGCUUGUACAUGGUGAAGAGGUUACAAGACACUCAACGUUCCGUGGAAGAAUUUAUGUCAGAAAUGGCUACACUUGGAAGUGUUAAACAUCGGGACCUAGUACCCCUCUUAGGUUUCUGUGUUGCCGGGAAGGAGAAGCUGUUGGUUUACAAGUAUAUGAAAAACGGUACUCUUUAUGAUAAACUGCAUCAGGGAGAAAAUGGUCAUUCUAUGGAAUGGACAACACGGCUCAAAAUUGCUAUAGGAGCAGCUAGAGCCUUCGCAUGGCUUCAUCACAAUUGCAACCCUCGCAUCAUUCACCGGAAUAUAAGCUCUAAAUGCAUUUUACUCGAUGCUGAUCUUGACCCAAAAAUAUCCGACUUUGGCUUGGCGAGGCUCAUGAAUCCCAUUGAUACACAUUUGAGUACCUUUGUGAAUGGAGAGUUUGGGGAUAUAGGGUAUGUGGCACCAGAAUACUCCCGAACUUUGGUUGCUACCCCGAAGGGAGAUGUUUACAGCUUUGGAACGGUUCUCCUCGAGUUAGUAACUGGUGAGAGGCCAACUGAAGUGAGUAAAGCCCCGGAAAGCUUCAAGGGUAACCUGGUGGAUUGGGUUGUAGAACUCUCUAACAACAACAAUUUAAAACAUGCCGUUGAUAAAUCAUUGGUUGGGAAGGGUGUUGAUCAUGAAAUCUUCCAGUUUUUCAAAAUAGCUCGGAAUUGCAUAACCUUGAAUCCGAAGGAAAGGCCUUCGAUGUUUGAAGUUUACCAACUGUUGAGAGCUGUUGGGGAGAGGUAUCACUUCUCAAAUGAUGGUGAAAUUAUGUUGCAAAUGGAUGUUGGUGAUGAUGACCUACGGGAGCUCAUUGUUGCUCAAGAAGAGGCAAAAUCUGAUCAAUGAAGAUUUCAUUUGUAAAGGUAUCAUUUCCAACGACACCUAAACGUAUAUAUAAUUGUGUGUUUCUUAUCAUAUGCUCUGUAUUCUUCCGUGUUAUCAUGUACAGUAUUCUUCUUGUUUUUGAAUUACAAUCAUAUAUAUAUAUAUAUGUACAAGCUAGGCUGCAUUUCCUUAA